CACACAGGCGACUACUGCGACGUCUACCUGACGCACGACUCUAUGAGCGUGCGGAAGGAUCACAAUAGUGGCCGAAACCACCUUCGCAAUGUAGUCGACUACUAUCAACAAAUCGGUCACGAGAAGGCUCAGUCCGUCAUCGACUCCAUCACCUCGUCUUACGCCGCCGAAGGCCAGGCCCACGCGAACCCCAUGCUCCCUCAAAACCAACCUGGCCACGGCUUCCCUCCCCCUCCAUUUCCCUUCCCAGGAGGUGCGUCGACCCAUAAUGGCCUUUUUUUCUUUCUUUUUCCUUAUCCUAUUUCGCCAAACUCGGCGAGAACUAUGCAAUGUGGCUGA